AUGCUGUCCUGGGUCUAUCCUAUUCGCCUAGUCCAGGCUUUCUUUGCCUUUGCUACCAUUGGCUUGACCGCAUAUGUUAUUGCAUCGCUCUACGACGAAUGGUCCUUCUCCAAUGUGAUCUAUUUUAUGCUCUUCAAUGGCUGCUGGACGGCCGUGGUCGCUGUUCCCUAUCUGGGGCUCGCACCGCUGUGGCUGCCCCGCUUCUCGCAUGAAUUCGUGAUUCCCGCCGUCGAGUUCGUUACUAUGGCUCUCUGGCUCAGUGGCUGGAUCGCUCUGGCCGCAAUGAUCCCCAAGCCGAGCGCCUGCAACUACGCCAGUUGCCACGGUCUUCAGGCUACUAUCGUUGUUGGUGCUGUUGAAUGGGCACUCUUCGCCUUCACCAACGUCUACGCCUUCAUGGACGUCGUCAAUUCGCGCCGCAACCGCAAGCACCAUACGCAGCAGCAACCCGCUGUCUCCGAGGUGAGCGCCCCGGAGAGCGUUUAA